AUCAUUUUCAUCUAAUAAAGCGCUACUGUCGUUAGACGUCUCGGCGCUAAUAUUGCCAGAUGUCUGGUUGCUAGCUCUAGAAACAUUUAAAAAGUGUAACAUGUCCAAGUAAGGUGUCUUGCGUUUUUUUGGUGCCCCACUUCCGCUUUUGAGUGAGGAAUCUUUAUUUUUUUCUCUGGCGUGAUAGUCGCGCAAACCCUUCCAUUUUUUUAUAGGUCUUUAACAUCGAAAAUAAUAAAUGAAACUACAUGCAUUAUAUGGGAUAUUUUACAGCCACAGGAAAUGCCAGAACUUUCUGAAGCAUUGUGGCUAGAAAUAGCAAAACGAUAUUAUAAAAAAACCAAUUAUCCUAAUUGUAUAGGAUCUAUCGAUAGCAAGCAUAUUCGUAUUCGAAAACCACUAAAAAGUGGGUCUAACUAUUUUAAUUAUAAGAAGUUUUUCUCAAUUGUUCUGUUAGCCGUAACAGAUGCAAAUGUUUUUAUUGCCAUUGAUGUAGGUGCUUGCGGACGAAAUGCUGACAGCAAUAUAUUUAAAGAAAGUGCUUUUGGUAAAAAAUUAGCUCGUGGGUCUCUGAAGAUUCCUAACUCUACUAAAUUGCCUAAUUCAAAUGGAUUGCCCCAACCUUUCGUGUUUCUUGGGGAUGAGGCAUUUGGAUUACAAAAGCAUAUCUUGAGGCCUUUUCCUAAUAAAAGUUUAAAUAAGGAAGAGCGAAUUUACAAUUAUCGUCAUAACCGGGCUAGGAGAUGCGUGAAAUAUGCAUUCGGCAUCCUAACAAGCAAAUGGAGAGUUUUGCAUACACCGAUUGCAACUAAUGUGAAUACAAUCAUCGCUAUCGUAAAAGUUGUUUGUAUUUUACAUAAUUUUGUCAUAGCAAGAGACAGGGCCGUGCCUGACGGGCGUUCAUUGCGUGCACCGCACGCAGGCGGCCGAAAUUAAGAGGCGGCCAAAUCGUUACAAGUUGUUUACUGGGCAAAAAUACAAUCGGUUUGUUUUCAUUAAGAUACGAAGUAAAAACAGUUUCUCUAAUCUAAUCUAUCUAAAAAGAGUUUCUCAGAAAUAAGAAAUGUAUAAAAACUGAUUAGGUCGUUGUAGUAUUUAUAUACCUAGUCAUGCAGCGAAUCCGAAUUUUUUCGAACAUUGCACGAGCGACGAGCCGAAAUAGUUUU